AUGCGCUAUAGUGGGGAAGCGCUCGGCCACUCAAAAGCUUCCGCGACAAGCACACAAGUAUGUUUGGAUGCUUUACGGCGAGCAGAGGCACCACGAGCAGCCAUGUCGUCGCUAAAUGGUGGAACCGGUGCAGGUGGACGCUUCACCACAGUCGAGGAGCUCAGUACCGUCCUCCGUUCACAGGAAGCUAUGUGCGGUGCGAAGUUGCACGAGUUCCUGGAAGAGCAGUGCACUCGGAAACGAAAUGAUCUUGAACAUAAUUUGGCCAAACUGAAGGUCUUAGACCUUGGGAGGGCUGCCAGCGACCUCGUGAGUGCCUUAGGCGUGAGCGAGGAACGAGGUAUGCCACUAGUAGCUCUACUGCUUUGCGUGGACGAGCAUGAAUCACAUCUUGAACGGAGUUGCGCACUUUGCCAGGAACUUGCCUCUUUCUCUGAACUUACGGCUCUCUUCAGUGAACGGCUCCUGUUGUGGUUAGUUGGUGUGCGAAGUGCCAAGCAAUGCAGUCAACUUCACGAACUGCUCGCUGCGCACGCUCUUCCAGUCAUGCUAUGUUUUGCAAGCAGGGAUCAAAAAGUCGCUCUAGUGGAAACGGUUGCAUAUACUGAUGGAUUACCUGCAAGAUUCUCCGAGAGCCUGUAUGAGUUUUGUGAUCUAUACGUUCCUUUGCUGCGGCAGGCCCAGUCGGGACGUUCUGCUCCAGACCUUUUCAGUUUUAUGGAUCAUGAAGGCUUUUGGAUACGUCAGUGUCCUACUCCAGAUCUCUUGACAGAAAGCAUCCUGGCUGAAGAGCAGCGGAUUGCUCGGAUGGACCAGAGCAGCCUAUGA